CAAACACGUGGGGCGUGGGGGCAGGCCCGAGGCUGUCUGUCGUUGGAGUCUCCCAGCCUAAGGCGGAGGUGGAAGUGUAGUUGUAGCCCGAUUCUUUCCGUGGCGCAUCAGGAUUGUGAAGUGAAUUGGCCGCGAUGUUUCUGCAGUAUUACCUCAACGAGCAAGGGGACCGGGUCUACACCCUAAAGAAAACAGACCCUGCAGGACAACAGACCUGCUCAGCUCACCCAGCCAGAUUCUCCCCAGAUGACAAGUAUUCAAGACAUCGUAUCACUAUCAAGAAGAGAUUCAAGGUUCUCAUGACCCAGCAAGCACGAUUGGUCCUCUGAAAUACCAACCACCAAGCAAUGGCAGCCACCAAGGACUUUGGCCCAAGAACCUUUUCCUACAUCUAGGAGACCUCAUUCAGAAAGAGCUCAUAUCUUUGACUCUUUAACCUAUUCUCACAACUUUCCAGUUACUCCUUUUGUAUACUUGCUUCUUAGAAUCUAGUCUCAAUUUGGCUGUGUUCCUCUCUGUACUUGGUAGCAAUCAACCUAAAAUGAAAAAGCCUAAAGGUGACCCAUCUUUUUAAUCAAUGUUGUAGGCUAUUAAAGCUGAAAUGAUUUAGAAGA